AUGACAAGAAAAAGGAAAUCACCUGUGGAAGUCCAGUUCAUGUCAGCUCCUGUUCCUACCUCUCUGGACGAGACUUCAGCUGUUAUAGAAAGCUGUGGCAGCUCUCUUUCUGUGAAGGGUACUGUGCGCUCUAGAGCUUAUCUCCAUGGUAGUAAAAUAAAAGUGAAAGAUGCCAUCCAGUCACUAAAAAGAGAUGUGCUGAACACUGUGUUUGUCCGCUGUGAAAUGGUAUUUGAGGAUCAAAUUUUAAACAGAAAUCCUGCAGAUGCUGGUGAUUUUUUAAGCCACAAAGCUCCACAUAGAGUGUUUGCCUCAGUCCUGCCUUCCGGUGUUGCUUUUUGUGAUUAUGGCUUUUCAAAUGAGGGAAGUAAGGACCUGGAAGAUCGUUAUAAAGAGUUGUUGGAUUAUGAUCUGCAUCCAGCACAAUUGGAUAGGACUGAAGAAGUCAUGUUGGAAGAGAUGGGGAUCGAACCUGGCCAAGAUCAAGAACAGUUCAAAGAAGAAGAGGAGGAAAUUACGGAUACCGGCUUUAAAUACAAGGGUAUGGCAGCAGCAGCAGGUGUAGGAGUCAUCGCAGUAGCAGUCUCUGUUAUUUAUUACUUCAUUGGUGGAUCAAUAUGAGCCAUAAUAACGGGAUUCGAUCUCCAUUUUCAAGGAACUUAAGAUCCAGUUCCCAUGCUUUUUUUGACUGAAACUGUAUUCUCAUCUCCAUUUGAAUAAAAGCAUAACACAGCGAGAGAAACAAUAGAUUUUGGUGCCGUUUGUAGUCUGGUAGUACCACUAAAAAGUUUUUAUUGAUCAGUAUGGACUGUAAUAGUUGAUAACAAAUAUUUAUAAAAACUGUGACCAAUUUUAUAUUGUUCCUAAAAUUGUUGGAGAAUUAUAAUUUCAGUAUAAAUUAAGCAUUUAUAUCUCUCUUUUCCUGACCAUAAUCUCCUACCUUUUUCAGGUUGCAAGAUCCUAAACUAUACUUAACAGGAAUGGGAUCCACGGUGACUUGGCUGUUUGGAUUCAGAAUUGGCUUGCCCAUAGGAGACAGAGUGUAGUGGUCGAUGGGACUUACUCUGGUUAGAGGUCCAUAACUAGUGGUGUUCUGCAGGGAUCCCUACUGGGACCUAUGCUGUUUGUGAUGUAUAUAAGUGACUUGGAUGAAAACGUACUUAGGUGGGUUAGUAAGUUUGCAGACAAUACAAAGAUUGGUGGUAUUGUGGGUGGUGUAGAAGAUUGCCAAAGGAUACAGCGGGAUAUAGAUCAGUUGCAGAUAUGGGCGGAGAAAUGGCAGAUGGAGUUUAACCCGGCCAAAUGUGAGGUGUUGCACUUUGGGAGAUCAAAUGUAAAGAAACAGUACACAGUUAAUGCACAGAGGGAUUUUGGGGAGCAUUUACAUAGCUCCCUGAAAGUGGCUGCACAGGUUGGUACAGUGGUAAAAACAGCAUAUGGCACACUUUCCUUUAUUAGUCGAGGCAUU